GGCCCGCCUGGCCCCGUGGCCGGCCUGAGCGCCGGACAGUCUCCGGGAGCCUCUUACCUGCUGCCGAAGCAGGCCGCCUACCCAGAGCCCGAACCUAACCCCGACUGCGACCGGCAGCUGCCAGAACUCGGCCCGCUUUUUCCCUGGACUAAAGAGCCAGAGGAUUAUGGCUCCCCAAGUUGCCGGGAGAGCGCGUCGCUCCUCGCGCAGGACCUCAGCCACAGCCACCACAGGAGGGGCGAGGUCGACUUCUUCCCUUCCUUCCCCUCGCCCACGGUGGGCGAGUUGAUGCUGGAGGUGGGUCCUGGGGACGGGGACCGGCCCCCGGACUUAAGCCAGACCUGCUCCCUCACGAGCGAGCCCGCAGGGUAUCCGGAGGACGGCUCCCGACUCCGAGCCGUGUUUGACGCCCUAGACGGGGAUGGAGACGGCUUCGUCCGCAUCGAGGACUUCGUCCAGUUCGCCACGGUCUAUGGAGCAGAGCAGGUGAAGGACUUAACGAAAUACUUGGAUCCCAGUGGGCUUGGCGUGAUCAGUUUUGAAGACUUCUACCAAGGGAUCACGGCGAUCAGAAAUGGAGACUCCGACAGCCAGCUGUGCGGUGUUGCAUCUGCCCAGGACGAGGAGCCACAGGCCUGCCCUGAUGAGUUCGAGGACUUCGUUACCUUUGAGGCCAACGAGGUGACAGACAGCGCAUACAUGGGCUCUGAGAGCACCUACAGUGAGUGCGAGACCUUCACCGACGAGGACACAAGCACCCUGGUGCACCCCGAGCUGCAGCCUGAAGGGGAUGCAGACAGUGCGGGUGGCUCAGCUGUGCCCUCUGAGUGCCUGGAUGCCAUGGAGGACCCUGGCCACGGUGCUUUGCUGCUGCUUCCAGGCAGAUCCCACUUGCACAGCCAGUCUGUCGUCACAGUCAUAGGUGGCGAGGAGCAUUUUGAGGACUAUGGUGAGGGCAGUGAAGCGGAGCUGUCCCCAGAGACCCUCUGCAAUGGGGAGAAUGGCUGCAGAGACCCCACUUUUCUCAUCUCCAGCUCUGACCCGCUUGCCACAAAGCUGCACAGCAUCCUCACUGAUGAGGCUUUUGAGUUUUACUGUAGCCAGUGCCACAAACAAAUCAACCGCCUAGAGGAUCUUUCUGCUCGCCUGAAUGAUCUUGAAAAGAAUAGUCCAAAGAAGCGGCUCUCCAGCAAGAAGGUGGCAAGGCACCUGCACCAGUCAGGGGCCCUGACAAUGGAGGCCCUGCAGGACCCUCCCCCAGACCCUGUGGAGGGUAUGGACGAGGACAUUGCAGACAAGGUUGUUUUCCUGGAGAAGCGGGUGUCAGAGCUAGAGAAGGACACCGCUGCCAAUGGGGAACUGCACAGCCGGCUGAGGCAGGAAAACCUCCAGCUGGUGCACAGAGCCAAUGCCCUUGAGGAGCAGUUGAAGGAGCAGGAGCUGAGAGCCUGUGAGAUGGUCCUGGAAGAGACACGGAAGCAGAAGGAGCUCUUGUGCAAGAUGGAGAGAGAAAAGAGCAUCGAGAUCGAGAACCUACAGGCCAGGCUACAGCAGCUGGAUGAGGAGAACAGUGAGCUGAGGUCCUGCACACCCUGUCUGAAGGCCAACAUCGAACGCCUGGAGGAGGAGAAGCAGAAGCUGCUGGAUGAGAUUGAAGAGUUGUUGCUGCGGCUCAGUGAUGAGCAGGAGAACAGGAGGAAGCUGGGGGACAGGCUGAGUCAUGAGAGGCACCAGUUCCAGAGGGACAAGGAAGCAACCCAGGAGCUAAUCGAGGACCUGCGCAAGCAGCUGGAGCACUUGCAGCUUUUCAAACUGGAGGCCGAGCAGAGGAGGGGCCGGAGCAGCAGUGUGGGCCUGCAGGAAUAUAACAGCCGCACCCGGGAGAGCGAGCUUGAGCAGGAGGUCCGCAGGCUGAAGCAGGAUAACCGUAACCUGAAGGAGCAGAAUGAUGAGCUCAACGGACAGAUCAUAAACCUUAGCAUCCAAGGUGCUAAGAACCUCUUUUCCACAUCCUUUUCUGAGUCCCUAGCUGCAGAAAUCAGCUCAGUCUCCCGUGAUGAGCUCAUGGAAGCAAUUCAGAAGCAGGAAGAGAUCAACUUCCGCCUGCAGGACUACAUUGACAGGAUCAUUGUGGCCAUCAUGGAGACCAACCCAUCCAUCCUGGAGGUCAAGUAGAGGCAGGAAGGCCCAGCCUAGGCUGCUUCCGGACUCCACUAACAGCCCAGAGACGGCCACGGCACACACGGGCCAAGACCAGCAGGUCCCAUGCCCACUCAGCCUAGAGCACACAGCUAGGCUGGGGCGCAUAAAGACGGGGCCAUGGAGGAGGGGGAAGGAAAGGGAAGCCCUGGGACUGGACCCCACAGCAGGGGUUGGGCCUGCCCUCAGCUCUGGCCUUUCCCUGCUACCCUCUGCAGAGAUGUGGGGACAGUGUUUCAGGCUGGGAUGGACCCCUCAUGAGCUCCCUCCCAAGUGGCAGAUCCUCCUGCCCCUGCCCUACUUGGGGAGAAAGGAAGGAAAUGGACCUCCGUCCGGGGUGCUUCCACCUAGGCCUGCACAGGUUUUCUGACCUGGUGCUUCAGCUGUUCCUGGACAGCGUAGGGACCCCAGGACCCUCCAUGCCAGACGUGGUAGUAUGGACAGGUGGUGUGGCCAGUGCGUGUUAGGGUCUGACCAGGAGCUGCAGGACCGCCCCCCUGCAACUUUCCUAGGGCUGUCUGCCAGCCAGAAGGGGCAUCUCAGUCCAGCUUCACACCCAGAGGCCUCUGGCCAUGCAGCUGUUCCCAUGGUUAGACCCUCACUGCAAUGACCCUUGGGGGCUCUGAUGCCCCUAUGGGGCUGGGGCAGGAGCCUCUGCUGUCACAUCAAGACUUGAGAGUCUAACUGUGUGGAACGUGCUAUCUGCAUGGGGUGGACAUCGCCAGCCUCCUCUGACUGCUAGGGUGCAGGCCGGACCUGGUAAGGUCCUGCUUCCCCAUGGUUGUGACCUUCCUGGCCUCCUGGAGUUUCCCCCUCCCUGUGCAGAUUUUGGCUGUCCUCAUUGAAGUCCCCAUUUCCCAGGACAGAGUCCAAAUGUUUCCUCUGGGAGUCUGAAGUUAUUAGAAGUUGUCCUUCUUCCCCAGGUGCAUUCUGCAGGAGGCUGGGCUGUGCAGGCUCUCCAAGGACACAGAACUAAAGUAGAGAACAAGGCCUUCCCAGCAGCUUGGUUGUUUCUUGAAAGAGGCCUUUGCCUGGCUCUGAGCUGCCACUGCCCAGUGCCUGCACUACCAGGAGCAGCAGUGUCACUCCCACAGGGAUGCUGGGCCUGCCCCUCUGAGCCCAAGCACUGGUCAGGAGCCUCCGGGAUCUCGCAGGUGGGCCAAGACCCCACCCACAGUCUGGCCACUGCUGUAUACGAAUGUGUGAGAUGUGUGUAUGUGUGUGUGUGUGAGCAUGUGUGUUAUCCAGUGUCCCUCCACCCUCCACGUGGCCCACCUUCUACACUAAGAUUUAAGACGUUGCCUCGUAUUGUACAUUUGGGGGAAAGCCUUGGUGUAAAUCAGUGUAAACUUGGAGGAGAGAUUUUUCUAUCAUGUAGAGUAGGUAUUUUUUAUAGAUUGAAGGUUGAUCAAUUUUUUAAUACUUCCAAGAGAAAACUAUCUGUGUAUACACAUGAAAUAUAUAUAUAUAUAUGUAUGAUAAUAAAUACUGGAACUAUGCUUUCUGCGCCCAGCCCCGCCCUGCUGAUGCAGCUUUGGGGUCUGUUUCUGUCCAUCACUCAGAAGUACUGUAACUGUAAAUAUGAACUGCUGGGAGAUGUUUCACACAAACACUCAGGCACUGACCUGUACAUUGACCCUGCUUCCAUCCUCUCAAGAAAGACUCUUCCAGGCAGAGUGACAGCAGCUUGGAUGCAGAAGGGCGAAGUCAGGACAAUGUCACUACAGAUUAAAGCUGUUGCUGCACACGUA